AUGAAGCAGUACGCUAUGGUGAGGGACACCUUGCUUCUGCCAGCAAACUGGUGCCGUACUCUUAACGGCUACCAGCCUGUGUGCAUGGGAGUUGAAGAUCCCCCUCCUCAGCAUCCUUGUAUAUGGGAGUACAAACCGGUGUCUUUGCAAAUAUGCUGUGAAACUCUUGUCGAGCCUAUUGCUGUCAUCAUCAAUGAAAUAGCACAUAUUCCUAUGGAGGCAUACCAUGUCCUUCAAGUUGCGCAUAUUCCAACUACAAUUGGAAGGGCUGGAUGUCGUAUAUCUGCUAGCAGUAUGCAGACAAGCUUAUUGCAGGGUGUGAACAGCAUUGCUAUUGAUAAUCAUCAGAAAUGUACUAGCAGACAUAUCGACGCGACUACUACCUAUACCGACCAAAACGCUGCACUGGUGAGACGCUAUUAUCCAGUGAUGACGCUAGUAGCAUUGAGUGGAACAUUAUACCCGUGUCCCGGUCAGCCCACUCUCAACAAAGCCCCAAGACCCUACAUCGGAAACCCUGCGCCCGCUAGUCCCGAAGUGGUGCCCUGUCUGGCCCGCUAUUCGCCAGAUGAGUCCAGACGGAGGUCGAUGCCUAGCCGAUUCGGCUUAGUGCCUGAGCCCUGCCCAGACUGCCGCCCCACCCAGCAGACCCUGACGAACCAAUGGAGUUUGCGUUUUAGGCCCUGUCAGCCGCUGAUUGGGGGAAGGACGGCCGCCGUGCGCUUUCUGAUGGGCCAAUGGCCCGUGACCCCCACCGACUACGCAAAUCAAGAAUUGCCGGCGAGAUCCAAACGUCGAUCGUCAUCCUCGCGGCCUCUUCUCGCCGUUCGUCUCUUCCUCACUCCGCUGCCCGCUUCUCCUCCCCCUUCCUCCUCCUCCUCCUUCCCUCCCCUCUGUUUCCCCCUCUUUCAAUCUUCUACCUCGCAUUUGUCAGUCGCUAGGAAGGUUAUUUGCAGCCUCCGCCAUGUCCCUCCCGUCUGUCUGCCGCAUCACCCAUCUUCAGAGAUGAACCCCAUCCGGUCCGCCUCCGACACCGCCGUUUGCCCCCCAAGGAGCAUGCCCCUCAAGCAUGUCCCGGGGCCUGGAAAACAGUCUGUCCGAUGUCCGGCUGUAUAUCACCAGUAA